AUGGCACAAGUCCCGGUGGAGGUUUUCGACAUCAUCACCUCUUACUUGACUAGAGCUGAGGUUAGGAACCUCCGUCUGGUAUGUCGCGAGUUUGAGGCCAAAAUCUUGGCUCAGUACUUUCGCAAUGUCGUUGUUCCAUUUCGCUCCGAGCUGUACAGCGGCCUAAGUCGCAACCAAGAUGGCACCUUGAAGCAUUCCACCUCCAGCCUCUUUUCCAACGGAAUGCACAUUUUUGAGUCCUUUGGGCCCCAUAUCCUUCGCUUCGCCCUUUCACUCGAGCUGGACGAAGACUCACUUGCCUAUCCUCCCGUAAAGUCAACCCAGGAAGCAGUUCCGGCCUUUUGGGGCAUUUACCGCUGGCCGCACAAAAGUUACCACAGAUAUACCGACCUUGAGGGGCUUGAGCAGACUGCAGAUGAAACAGAGGGCAUGAAAGCUGCACUCCGGUGUCUAACCAAAGUACGAAAUAUUGGUUUAUGUUGCGAUGCCGGCCUCGGCUUCUUACUUGGCCCGGACAAACGGGCACGAGAUACUAUCGUGCAGCAUCCCGUCUUCGCGACAGUGGACUGGCGCCGACAUCAGCGCUCAUCCCAGCGUGCCCGUCAGCCCGCCAUCACCGUGGCCGACUUCAAUGAUGUUGCCCGAGAUCCAAAUCACUCAACUUUCCCUAACCCGAUGGCAUUUCGAAACACCAUUCUUGAGAGAAUGGCGGCAGACGCCGGCUAUACAGGACACCAGGUUCCGGAGGCCGUGCGUAUUAUGCUCGAUACCGAAAACACCAACCUUAAAGACAUUAAUUUUGACGAGAGGUCAUCGCCUCUUUCCCCAAGUUUCGACCUUGAUGGUGAACUUCGCCAGCUCGUUCCUUUCACCUCCUUUAGGGAAGCGUCAAAUACCCCCCUGAUACCAACAAAUCUUACCAGAGCUCAAAAAGAGAUGUUGCUGGAGCUGGAGUGGGCACACCGUGCCAUGAUACAAUCCUAUGUGUUGGCGAUGAUCGACAAUGCUUCUAUAGGCUGCUUUCGCAACGUCACCACCUUUACCAUUGCAAAGAUUCCUGGUGGCCAUGUCCACUUGCUUUGUCGGCAAGAUCUCUGGGAAAGUAUCCCCGGCCUUAAAAACGUAUCACUUGGGGUUGUCGCAGAUUGGCGAAAACUGACCGCCUCUACGCCUGGCUUUGUUGAGGAUAUGAGUAUAUCCCCUGUUGAGUCAUUCGGAAAAGUCUUCACCCUGCUCAAUGAUCAUAUAGCAAAGUGCCGCAGUAUUGAGAGCAUUCAUUUUGAAUGGAUAUGUGGUGGUGAACUCGCCCCCAGCUCAUAUCAGCGCAACUCGUAUAUUCUCCCGGUGCCCUUUAUCAACCCGCCAGGCUGUAUGGUUAUACCGACGGCGGUGCGGGAUGACCAGAGAAAUUUACUACAUCUUCCUUACAUCAAGCAUCUUUCUCUCAAGAACUGCUGGUCAUCGCCACAUAUCUUCUUGCAAACGGUUCGACAGUUCGCCCUUUCAUCUCUCGAAAAGCUGGAAUUGGAAUCUGUUUCCUUAUCUGGUCCUCCUACCGCAGUAGCGCAAGGGCCAUUGAUCAACGCCGCGGUAGCGAUUCCAGUGCAGCUCGGCCCUCCGGCUUUAGCAGAUGACGACGACGCCGACGAUGAUAAUGAUUUGGAGCUGGAUGUGGCUCUGGAUGAGCUGCCACUGGCAUCAGUCCUGCAGCUGCCGUUGCCGCAACUGAUGCUCUCUAUCAAUCCACCGACUAAUGAUUCAAAUCAGUCGUUGACAGAUCGGCUCCAUCAGCCUGAUCUGCUCACAUGGGCAGGGUUGAUUGACCACUUCUCUCCAAGUGUGAAGAUAAAGCAACUGCUGGCUGAGCAAGCCGAUGACGACGCAGUUUCGACUGCCUCGGCGGUAAACGUUGACAUUGUGGCAAGAUACAUCCCACAUGCCGAUGAUCUUCCGAAGGACGAGCUGAGAUACCGCCUUGGAUGCUUGUCUUUUAAAUCAUGUGGCUACGUCACAGUCGAUACACCAUAUUUGGACACAAGAGCUGUAUUGUCUGAGUCACACAUUGGGCAUACCGUAGCUCAUGUCAACAAUCAGGAUAUUACGAGCCUGAUGCAGUCAUCCAAAGACAUGUUGCUGGCCAGGAUCACUCAAUGGAUACCGAAGCAAGAGGAGGUCAUUCUCACUACUGGCUUCGGUAUGUCGAUGGGCUGGAAAGGCAUCUAUGAGGCACGCGUAAUCGAUGAUGCAAUAGCAGAUGGAGUACGAAAGCCAGGAUGUGGUCGCUUUAGCGGUGAAAUCGAGGGAUAUGAUGAUACAGUAUACUACCACGAAGAAGCUUCACUACGCUAG